GUAUUGUAUCUUUUACCUCUUCACCUCUGUUUUCCAGUUACUACCUGUACACAUACGAUAAGAUGGUGGCUCCCAACGUUUCUCUGAGGAGGGAGGCAGAGAUGAGCCCCGAGGUGUUCGGCGCRCUGCUCAAGCAUCACUACAGCCGCAGGAUGCUGGGCCACGAAGAGCCACCAAUGGAUCUCCACGCGUCGCCUCCUGUCACGGCCGGCGCCGAGGAGGCCAAAUCCCAGAGCGUGGCGGCUGCUGCCUUGGCCACUGAGCGGGAAAGCCAAACCCAGGCAGUUUCCAUGGAGACGARCAGCCCGUGCUGCAAGAAAGCCACCCACAUCCCCUCCCACACUCCUCCUCCGGCAUCUCUUCCUCGGUCUGCGUCGAUGCUGUCGUCGGAAACGGAAGCGGCGUCUAAGGACAUGAGCGCCGCCGUCGCCACGGCGGUCGGGGGUGUGGAGGAUGACAAGGACAGGAUCGUCGUGGAGAUCAUGCAGAUGUACAGCAGGCAGCAGGAGAAGCUCAACUCCACCCUGCAGAAGCAGCUGCAGUUGGAAAUGGUGAGUUGGUGGAUGGAAACAGAAAUGAGCUGCAGAUGAACCCGACUGGAACCUUUGUUGCCAUCAUUAAAGGCGUCGUUGACGUGGAGAUGACAC